AUGGAGAACCGAAAGAAUACUGGCCUCAUGAAGAGGAAGCUUCCGAACGAUGGGACGGUGCAGGCGCAGGAGCCUACUAUCAAGGAGAUGUGCCAAGCCCUGAAGGAGAUGGAAAGUGAGCUCCAGAACCUCCGGGACGACAACAACCAGCUCCGCGACGAGCUCCUUGGCAAAGACCGGCAGCUUGCGGAGACACGGACAGUUCUAGUUGACAGGGAGCACAGGCUUUCGAACACCCAGGCACUUCUAGUUGACAGGGAGCAGCAGCUUGCGGCCCAGACACUUGUUGUUGACACAAAGGAGUUUGAAACUGAAAUUUUGAGGCUUAAGCGUCUCUUGGCUGAGAAGAGUGACACAAAUGAUCAUACAGCUCUAGUGUCUCCUGAGACAAUAAAUGAAGUCAUACAGAAGCAAACUCCUGUUUCAUCUGCAAGGACACCAGUGUCAAACAGAACGAAUACAGUACAGUCCAGUGUGAAAGCCAUUGCCCACCAUGGUAGCUUUCAGGAUGAAGCUAGAGAGGACUGCUGUAGAAGAGGUGUUUGCAGCUCAGGGAGUGGGACAGAUGAAAAUUCUCGUUCUUGUGUGUAUCAUAUGCUGCUUGAAUCUUUAGUUGGCAUGAAGUUUUCACUGAAGGAUGAAAGAGAAGGACUCUCACUUUCAAUCCAUCAUGAGGCUACUGGUUAUGAUUUCAGCCUUACAUGGUUGGAGCAAGCGGAUGGUGGUGAAUGGGCCUACAAAUACUCCUCGCUGGGCACCCUGGAGGAGAUGGCUUUGAAGUGGAUGAAAGUGCAGGACAUACGGUUCAGCAUGGACAUGUUCCCUAUGUUCUUCGAGCGGAUAUUGAGCCUCCUCAGAAGGAACUGUCCUUGGUAUUUCGGGAUGGCCGAAGAUGGUUUCGGUCUGUUCCUUUAG